UAUACGGUGUUCUCCGCAUCCUCUCUCCACAGUGUCAUCACCUUUUGGGUGUUCUUUUGCUUAGUUUCCAUCGGUACUCAACAAUGGCACUUUCUUGGGCGAUUACAGCGCUUCUUUUCUCAUUGGCACUCUCUCAUGUCGAGCCUUCAUCAGGCCAAGCUCUACUGAAUGGCUCCAUCUCUUGCCUUGAUUGCUUUCACAAAACAAAGCUCUCUGGGAUUAGGGUUUUGGUGGGAUGUGAAAGAGCGAAGAAACUGGUGAUGGCAGUAACAGACGAUAAUGGCCACUUUAAAACCAAGCUUCCUUGGGGCUCUUCUAAAUCUUCAACCAAAUGCCUUGCCAAGCUCCUUGGUGGGCCCAAGCAGCUAUGCUCCUACAAAAAGAACAUAGUCUCUCAUAUUGUGGAAGCCCAUGACAGUAACUCUUACACCAUAGCUACACCCUUAGCCUUCUUCACUUCAUGCUCUUCAAACGCAAAAGCCAAGAUGAACCAGUCUUCACCGUUCGAUGUGAGGACUCGGACGAUCUCAAUGAAUUUUGGACCGUCCAAAACAAUCGAUUUACCUCUGCCGCCUGCGUUGGGCCUUGUACCAUCAAGUUAUUAUCUUCCUUUCUUUCCAAUAAUAGGAAUUCCUUGAGUGCUAACUGAAGGAUGCCCCAUGUAUGUGGAGACCAUAAUAAGGUCAUGUAGUCUCUACUUUCCUAGAGAUAUGUGUCAGUGUAUGUGUAUUUUAAUUAGAACUUAGAAGGGUUGAUUUCGUGAGGGAACUUGUCUUUCUGGUCACUUUUGUAGGUUAGGCUUUUGAUUGCGUAGAUCGAUCUUUGGCUACAGGGUGGAAAUUCUGUGCACUAGAUAACUACUUCAAUGUUUCUGAUGUUCUUAUGUACUUAGAGAAGAAUCGGCUUUAUUUUGUUAAUUAAGAUGUUCACCAAA